AUGGCUUUCUCUGCCAUGCGGUCCUUUGCACCUGUUCGCUCCUUUCGAAUGUCGACCCCAGGCCAGGUUCAGUCGCGCAGCGUCUCUUUCUCCUCCUAUCUAGUCACCCCCAAACAACUCAAUGAAGCUCUCAAGAAGAACCCCCCGACCAAGAUCUCCACCUCGCCGCGUGUGAUCCCACUUUGUGCAGCAUGGUUCAUGCCAAAUGAUCCUGAGGGUCGGAAGGGAAUUGACUCGUUCCAUAACUCUCGUAUCCCUCAGGCUCGGUUCUUCGAUCUCGACGCUAUCAAGGACCCUGAUUCCCCCUACCCACACAUGCUGCCAACAUGUGAGACCUUUGCAGAAGCCAUGAGUGAUCUGGGUAUCCGUCGCGACGACGAAGUGGUGGUCUACGAUACUGCCGAGCUGGGUAUCUUUAGUGCGCCCCGCGUGGGCUGGACAUUGCGCGUGUUUGGUCACCCCAAUGUUCACAUUCUAAACAACUACCGUCUCUGGACUCAGGAAGGCCUUCCCACGGAGAGUGGAGAGCCUGCCCCUGUGGAAAAGUCCAAGUACUCCGUGCCGACCUACGAUUCCAGACUGGUAAUUUCCUUCCGUGAAAUGAAGGAACUGGCUUUGGACUACGGCAAGGAAGGAGCUGAGCCAGUGGAAAUUUUGGAUGCCCGCUCCUAUGGUCGUUGGGCUGGAAUCGACCCGGAACCUCGCGCUGGUCUAUCAUCUGGACAUCUCCCAGGAUCGAAGAGCAUGCCUUUCCAGCAACUACUCGAUCCCGAGACUAAGACUUACCUGCCUGGCGAUGAGUUGCAGAAGGUAUUUGAAGAGCACAAGGUGGAUCCAUCUCAGACAAUCAUCAGUUCUUGUGGUACUGGAGUGACUGCCUCUAUCAUUGAGACUGCCCUAGGUGAGGCGGAAUUCGGGGACCCUCAUCUUCGCCGUGUGUAUGAUGGCAGCUGGACUGAAUGGGCGCAGCGAGUCAAGGAAUCGGAUGGCCUCAUUAAGAAGGUGAAAUCAUAG